GGAGUCAACAGCUAUGUUCAAAUAGAAGAUUUGUUUUUGUGAUUUAACACAAUUUCUGUGAGAUAUACACCUAAAACUUGGAAUAAUUCGACAUCGUGGAAAUAUCAACAAUUUAGCUGUUAAAGAUGCUGCUAUUACAGGGCAAUAACUACAGUGGUAGUGGAACGGGAGGUAACCCAAAUACAUACGGCACGAGCUCUAGUCACUCAAGUAGUCACAUGUACGAAGAGGACCUUAUUUCUCGCGGGGCACGCGGCUUUCCGUUAGGACACGGUAUGUUGCCCGCCCCACAGGCUUACUCCUUUGGAUUCCCCGUCCAUCCAGCGCACGAUCCCAUGGGACUUUCAUCAUUCGGCCAAUCACAACAGUUCGGCGGUUAUCCAUCAUUUUCGAGUCAUUCGGACCACAAGCGGAUGUUAGGUGGAUCCCAGGGCGAGGCAAUGGACAAGAAUCUAAAAAUAACAUUGGAAAACCGUGACCUCUGGACAAAAUUCAGCUCUCUUGGCACAGAAAUGAUCAUAACAAAAACAGGGCGACGAAUGUUUCCCACCCUCAAAGUCGGUCUCGAGGGUCUAGACCCACACUCCAAAUACAUUCUUCUCGUGGACAUAGUGCCCCUAGAUGACUGCAGAUACAAGUACCAUAACUCUGAGUGGGUUGUCACUGGCAAAGCCGAGCCUCACAUGCCCGGACGACUUUACAUACACCCGGACAGCCCAGCUUCCGGUUCGCACUGGCUCAAACAACCUGUCACUUUUCACAAAUUGAAGUUGACCAAUAACAACCUUGAUCAGAAUGGACAUAUUAUUUUGAAUUCCAUGCACAAGUAUCAACCCCGGGUACAUAUAGUUCAGGCUAAUGAUAUAUUCAGUAUGAGAUGGACAUCUUUCAACACGUACGCGUUCGAAGAAACCACAUUCAUUGCUGUUACAGCUUAUCAAAAUGAACAGAUUACACAACUUAAAAUUGACCACAACCCCUUUGCUAAAGGAUUUCGGGACAAUGGAAUGGGUCGCAGGUGCGUGUUAGACCAUAGGCUUACAUUAAAGAGACCAUCUGACGAAAAUCUAAUAGACUACGAAAAAGAAGACGGACAUUAUAGUAAGAAACAGAAGCACGAUGACGACAGUCUAGAUUUAAAACAAUCCCAUAAAAGCGAAAUAAAAGACGAAGCAGACACCAUGAACAAAUCAGACCGCUCAACAGACGACUUACCGGAAGCGGAAAUGAGCCAGUGCUCUGCAAACAAAUCAGGGUCGUCGGGAGGUAUGCACCUCCCAUUGGUAAAGGCUAAAUCACCACCGUUACCGCCGCCACAGAAUGGAAAUCCGGGCGUGUGCAACUACAACGGUUCUAUGUCAAGUAGCUCAUUAGCAAAAAGCUACGGUACCUCGUGUAUGGGUGGAAUAAGUGGCGUAAACAACGAGCAGUCGUACUAUACUCAUCACUCCCCUGUUGAUCGGUCAAAUAAUUCCUCGUUUUUACCAGUUACCACAUCCCCAAACCUUUUACAACCACAGUCGGCAGUUUCAUCUAGUCUAAGUCUUCACUCACUGUCGACCAUGAAUCAAAUGCAACAAUGCAGGUUACCAGGAACGACGUUAGCCAACACAGACUGUGCUCUAAGACAAACAUCGCAUUUGUCUUCUACCUCUAAUUACGGACUUCGCACUUCACCAACCCCUCAACACCCUUCUUUACCCUCUUGCACUUAUAUGCAGACGACACAAGGCUCUGGAUAUUCGUCACAUCUUACACCGCCAAAUGUGCACAUGAUGAACAUGAACUUCCCUGGACCAAUGGCGUAAAACAGGGUGUUAUUUUUUGUCGUAUAUCGUUAAUGUGUUUUCUUUAAAAAGUGAAUUAUUAAAAUAUGUAGUUCAGGUCAAUGCAGAAUGGUGGAUUCUACGGAGAACUAAACAAUUAUUGAAUUGUACACAAAUUGAAUCUCAUGUAAUUAUAAAUAUUGCACCAUUACAGUGGCAUUCAAAUUGGAUAAGGAACUCAUUUUGUGACGAUGAUUUAUGAUGAAGUGCUCUCUUUACGUAUAAAAGUGCAAAAUAUGUGGAUUUUGAACGAACAAAUCGUGUACAUAAGUGUUUAAUUUGUUACUUUUUGUAAAUCGUUAGAUAUUUAGUCAUAGAGUGUACAAAAUUUUCAAAUACAUUUAUAUGACUAAUUAUUUUGUUGACCCAAAUCACACUUACAUUAUGUGUACAGAACUCUUUUAAACUUGUAAAAAUAUGUUCUACGUCAUAAAAUGUGUUCAUGGAUAUAUAUUAUGUGGAAAUCUCAAUUAAAAUCGCAACAUGUAUUACAUUUGAAGGUCAGUUCGUUUUAAAAAGAGGUUUAUGGUUGAACUGGAACUAGACAACUGUUCUUAAAAAGUCUAUCCUGAAAAUGUGGAAAAAGGAAGCUUAUAUUAUGUAUAAAAAUUCAAUAAUAUUUCACAGUUAAUUUGAUAACAUUCCACGGUCAAAUUCUCAGCAAUUUCGUGUAUAUUUCUUUCAUUAUUAUUUUUUAUGUUUAAAGUUUUUCUUUUCUGAUUAUCAUUCCAUUGUUUUGUGUACAUGAACAUUGUUUUGUACAGUUUUAUUUAUAGUGACUCGAGAAUGAGUUUACGAAAUAUAUAUAAAAU